AGCCCCUCUAUGCUUUAACAAACAGGCAAUCUCUCUCAGACAUUCUGCGCUCCCUAAUAAGCGGAAGACAGAGAAAGAGGGAGGUGGGCUAGGAAGAAAAAGAAAAUGGCGUCCGCUUGUGCCUCCUCCGCCGUCGCCGCUGUAGCUGUUUCCGCUUCCAGCUCCCAGAAAAGUGGGAACUCUUUGGCAGCAACAAAGGCCUCCUUCCUCGCCGGAAGGUCGCUCCGACACCGGAAAUUGGCGACUCCGGUGGUCGCACGUGCCUUCUCCGUGAACGCCGAGGCUGCGCCAGGUAGACCGCUCUGGUUUCCUGGUAGCACACCACCAGAGUGGCUCGAUGGAAGCUUGCCUGGAGACUUCGGAUUCGACCCUCUUGGCCUUGGGUCCGACCCAGAGAGUCUGAGAUGGAACCAGCAGGCAGAGUUGGUGCACUGCAGAUGGGCAAUGCUGGGUGCUGCUGGAAUCUUCAUCCCUGAGUUUCUCACCAAGAUAGGCAUCCUCAAUACCCCAUCUUGGUACACUGCUGGAGAGCAGGAGUACUUCACAGAUAAGACCACCCUCUUUGUGGUGGAGCUCUUCUUCAUAGGCUGGGCAGAGGGAAGGAGAUGGGCAGAUAUCAUCAAGCCUGGGUGCGUCAACCAGGACCCAAUCUUCCCCAACAACAAGCUCACAGGAACUGAUGUUGGCUACCCAGGAGGCCUCUGGUUUGAUCCCCUGGGUUGGGGCUCUGGCUCCCCUGAGAAGAUCAAGGAGUUGAGGACCAAGGAGAUCAAGAAUGGAAGGUUGGCCAUGUUGGCCGUCAUGGGUGCCUGGUUCCAGGCCAUCUACACCGGCACCGGACCCAUCGACAAUCUCUUCGCCCACCUUGCAGAUCCCGGCCAUGCCACAAUCUUUGCUGUAAGUACUGUAAAUAAAUUUCAAUCAUGUAGGAGUUUUCUAUGUUCUUUACCCAGUCAUUCCCGCAUCCUUGAAAAAUGAUUGAAGAAUGGAUUGUUCAUAACAUGAAUCACCUUCCAUGGGCAAAGGCUCGAAAGAGAGAGGGUCUUUCCUUUUCUAUGUUGUUAUUUUUCCAUGUACUGUAAAAUCUUUGCUUGUCUAUAUUGUCCUUCAUCCAUCUAUUUCGAACAUUCUAUUGAAUGAAAAUGUUUGUGUUUUACAGGCUUUCUCCCCAAGUGAGAAGGGAGUUGUGCUGCUGCAGUUGAUCCUAGAGAGAGGUUUUGCUGUGUAACACUCAUGGGCUUGAAUCUUAGAGCUGAAAGCGUUGCACAAGAAUUCUGCGCCAUAUUGUAAUCUUGGGUUGUAUUAUGCUUCCAAUCUGGAUCUUGAAUAUGUCAGUGUAGUGUACAAAAAAUUUGGUUUCUUCUAUCAAAUUCAGCAUCUUUAUUCUCUA